UCGCGGCUACCGUACCUAAUUGUUAACAACAAACAUGGCGUCCUCAAUGUCACUUCUCGGUUUAGGUCGUUUGUCUCUCAGCAAUGUAGCUUCCAGGAUCCUACUGAAUCCAGCCAGGUCUGCAAGCACAUCAGCAUCAAGGCUGGCAGAGAAAGCAGAACAAGACACGCAACUUAUUACCGUUGAUGAGAAAUUGGACAUCACGACUCUGACGGGGGUCCCGGAGGAGCACAUCAAAACCCGCAAGGUUCACAUCUUUGUCCCCGCCAAAACGGCCAUGCAGUCUGGCAUCAACAGCACCAAGAAGUGGAAGAUGGACUUUGACACCAGAGAGCGGUGGGAGAACCCGCUGAUGGGCUGGGCCUCAACGGCCGAUCCUCUGUCCAACAUGGUGCUCUCGUUCUCCUCAAAGGAAGACGCCGUUGCUUUUGCUGAGAAAAAUGGUUGGAGCUACGAAGUCACAGAGAAGAGGACCUCAAAGCCCCGGGUGAAGUCGUACGGGGCGAACUUCUCCUGGAACAAGAGGACCCGGAGGUCCGCAAAGUAAACCGAAGGGCCCCAUCUGUUCCCUGUCCCGACCUGCGUGCGUCCCGCUGCGGACUUAUUUCAUUCUUGUGAAUAAAUGCAUAAUUAUAUAUAAGAAAACUAAA